AUGGCACCGAGCUCCGUUGCUCCAUCAUUUAUCACUAUUACUUCCUCGACAAUGAUGAUGUAUCAAUCUUCAGCUAGCGCUGCAAUGGGAUCCACUAAACAUCUCAAGGGACAAGGACCCUAUCAGCAAAGGUUACUUCACACUUGUCAACAAGGCACCGCAGAUGUGAUCCCCAUCGUAUUUAUCGACUACUUCCCACAACAAGGUAACGGGUGGCCUGGAACGAACUUCGGCAACCAAUGUGGGACAGGAGUCUAUUCUGCACCUGGUUAUGAUGGUGUCGACAAUCCAGCUAACAAUCAGCUCUUAAAUGACUGUCCUUCAAUCGCCCCAGAUAUUCCAAUCUGCCAGAUUACUUAUGGAAAGAAGAUUGUAUUGUCGUUGGGUGGUGGAGGAUCUUUGAAUUAUCAAUUGACUGGAGAGGCUGAUGGAAUAUUCUUUGCGGAUUUUCUUUGGGGUGCAUAUGGUCCCCAGAAUGCAACUUGGUUUGCAGAAGGAAAUUCAAGACCAUACGACGGUCCGAAUGGAGAGGAAGUCAAACUUGAUGGAUUUGAUUUUGACAUUGAAUUGUACUCUGACGACAACUCUGUCGGUUGCAUUGCAAUGAUCAACCAACUACGAACCCAUUUCGCCAGCGAUCCAUCUAAGCAAUACCUGAUCACGGGAGCACCAGGCUGCUUUGCGCCAGAUCAGUCUAUGGGGAACAUGAUCGCGGGAGCUCAAUUCGACAUUCUUUGGAUCCAAUAUUAUAACAACGCCAUGUGCUCAGCUCGUCGAUUCAUCGAUGCAGAUAUCGGCUUUUCAUACGACACUUGGACAGCAAUCCUCGCUGGUACCGCAAGCGCGAACGCAAAGCUCUACAUCGGUCUCCCAGGAGACCCUUACUCAGCCAGCACAUAUUCUUUAACGGAAAGUUACUGGCUGAAUCAAACUGAACCUGCCUAUCUGCUUUCGAUAUACGCUUGCAGACCAAACUUUGGUGGUGUGAUGAUGUGGGAUGCCACUUCGGCUGAGAACAACAUUUUGAGUAAUGGGCUCAGCUAUGAUCAGGAGAUCAAGAAUUUGUUACUUGUGCUGGAAGUAUGUUUGGGAAUUGCUGUAGCCAGGUAA